CCCUUUAACUUGUCUAUAAAUAUAAAGAUGAAUUAGAAAGGCUCACUCAAAUAACCAUGACAAAGGCUCUAGCAUUAGGACUAUGCAUCUGUGCAGUUACUCUCCUGAGAAUCCCAGGAGAUGUUUGUAUGGAAAUCAUUGGAGGCAAAGAAGUGGCUAAGCAUUCCAGACCCUAUAUGGCUCUUAUAAAGAGGAUGAAUGUAGCAGUCUGUGGAGGAGCAGUAAUCAAAGAGAAGUGGGUACUGACUGCUGCCCAUUGUUAUGAUAAGAAGCUAACGGUUGUGCUGGGGGCCCAUUCUUGUUCAAAGCUGGAACAAGACCAACAAACAUUUAAAGUCAAGCAGCUAAUUCCUCACUCCUGCUUUGACAAUGAAACUGGAGUAAAUGAUCUUAUGCUGCUUGAGUUGGAUAAAGCAGCCAAACUGAACAAGUUUGUCUCUAAACUCAAGCUGCCUGCAACAUUCAAAGAUGUCAAAGCAAAAAGCCAGUGUAGGGUAGCUGGAUGGGGGACAACAAAUCAAAAGAACAACACUGCUUCAGAUAUAUUAAUGGAGGUCAACGUCACUGUUUUCGACAGAAGAACUUGCAAUGAGAAAAAAUACUAUAAUUUCAAACCUGUGAUAACAAACGAAAUGCUUUGUGCUGGUGAUAAGAGAGGCAAAAAAGAUACUUGCCGGGGCGAUUCAGGUGGUCCACUUAUAUGCGAUAAUGAAUUCAAAGCAAUAACAUCUUUUGGUCAUAAAAGUGGAUGUGGCAAAAUACCUGGUGUCUACACUUUACUGACUACCAAGCAUGUCCAGUGGAUUAAAAAAAUAACUGGGGGUGAUGACUAAAAAAUUCAAAUAUACUAUUCUUUUUCUUCUUGUUAAUAUCAAAUAAGAUAACCCCUGUGUGAGAUACAAGCAACUGGCAACUUGAAUAAAAUGUAACAAUUCAUGUUGAUUUUUCUUCAUUCUUUUUUUAUUUUUUACUUUUAACAAUAAGUAAUAGUUUAAAAUGACAGAACAAAGGUUUUUUUUGUUUGUUUGUUUGUUUUUUGACGUGUAUGCUAUUACUGGUAGCUUGUUUUGAAUGCUCAGAUCAUUCAAUCCAGUAAUUCUGACCUUGGGGCUAAAAUUGAAUUUUCAAAAUUCAGAAGUGGGCUACAGCAAUUACUAUACAAAUAUGUCUGACAUCACUCAAAAUUGGAGAGAGAGUAAGACAAAAACAGGGUCUGUGACACAAGUGUAUAUGUUUAAUUGUGUUGGUUAUUAUUUCUUUAUGUUUAAUAUACUUUAAGUUUUCAAUAAACCUAUAC